GGAACCUGAUUGGUCCAAUCAUCCAAAGGGGCGGAGCUUCGAGCAGCACGCGAGUUGUCAGACAGGUUUGUCUUCUCGGCUUGAGCUGUUUAGAGGUUUCAGACAGUCUCGCUUUUGUCCUCACAAACUCCUCAGGAGCUCCUCCAACCACUCAGGGAGCCCAGAUGUCCAGGCUGAGCUGCUGAGAUGGCAUGAGGAUGACGACCGAGAUUAAAUCCAGGUUUUAUAAUCUAAGGUAGCUGAAGGACAACUGGAGCUGACACCAUGCCUGUGGAGACGAUGCAGCAGCCUCCACGGCAGCCAGUGAGGGCUGCCGUCGGGGUUUCCCCUCCGCGUCUACGACCCAAGGGACCAGAUUUCUGCAGGAGAAUCGCAGCAGGAGCACCAAAGCAGAGUGCCGUAGAAAGACUGGAGGCCGACAAGGCCAAAUACGUCAAGAGUCAGGUGGCUCUUUCCAGAACGCAGCCAGUCGGGCCUCCUGAGGUGAAAAGGCCUCUGCUGAACCCCAACACACCCCUGCGCCCCACCAGAAAGCCCAACCUCCAGACUGGUACGAAACCAGAGGGCGUCCAGCUUGACCUGGAGCACCUUAGUCACCUCAUCAGUGAUCUCCCAGUUGGGCCAACGCCUAACUCAGCGUCCCAGUCAGAGGACUGUAAGGCUCCUGGUGGUGCUGUGACUGCACACGGUUCCCUGUUCAAAGCUCAGCCGAUGACGGACAAGCCACGCCCCCCUCCACGUCCCCUUCUGCGUCCCGACUGCUCCAGUCCAGCUAAAGUCAGACAAAAGGUACCUGCAGCUGCCGGGACAGAGAGUCCAGGUUCUCCUGGGGCUCCGGCUGCAGGAACCGUACGCAGAGUGGACGUCAUGCCUCAGUUUGGCCCUGUGAGGACGGCCUCCAGACCCCCCCAGUUCAUACGGCAGCCCCUCCAACCCAGACCUCUGAUUUCCCACGUACUGCUGCGCUCAGCGUCGUCGCACCAGCGCGUCUCCCAGCCAAAAGCUGCUCCGGGUUCUUCUCCCUUGAAACCACUUGUUGCUCCAGUAAAACCCGACCACUCUAACCCACCUCCCGCUGACGCUCCUGCACCACUGCCCCCCACCCUCCCCGAUUUCCCACUUCCUCCCCCCUCUCCAGCCAUCACCCGUUUGUCAUCCUCCAGCUCCAGAAAGCGUCCGUCAUUGACUCGGUCCAAGUCCGACAUGAGUGACCGGUACUCCCGGGCCGGGACGGAGCUGGAGCGCUUCUUCAACCUGUGCGGUCUGGACCCGUCGGACCUGCGUGAGCUGGCUGCUUCCAGCUCCGACAUCGUGUCCCUCGCUCGCUUUCACAGCGUCAGCGCUCCGGGAUCGGAGUGUGGAGGCUCGAACAGAGGGGUCAAAGAGGAAGAGGAGGAGGAGGAAGAUGCCGGGAAAGCUGCAGACCGCGUUCCCUAUGGGAUUUCUGUGAUUGAGAGGAACGCCAGAGUGAUCAAGUGGCUCUAUGGGCUAGGGCAAGCCAAGGACGACACAACCAAGAACACUAAUUUAUAGAUGGACCGUCUGAGUUUUAUUAUGAAAGGGAAACUCGUUUCCUCUUUCAGAGUAAAAGUGGCUGCCCAGGUUGUUGAGUAAACCGGUGAAAGGCUGAAUGUGAAGAGUCAUCACCGUUGGCUGUGGUGAUGAUUUCCGCCCACCAUGUUUCAGCGUGCGCGGAUCGUCCUGUUGAUAAAAAUUACAUUAAAGAAUUCACUCAA